CAAGAUAUAAAAGUAAAAUAUUUGCCCUAAAAACUAAAAAACAAGUUGUCCGACUGUUAUCUGUGGCAAUCUGUCUGUUUCAAAAGUGUUAAAACGUCAACUUAUUCAGUGUCACUGUCAAAUGGAGCAAGCAAAAUAGCGUUCGUGUUUGUUGAUUUGAUUGUAUUUUUCAGAGAAAAUAUUAUUUAAAAUUAUGGCAGAAACCACAGAAAAGGUGGAAAGUGGAUCAGAUGCUAGAAGAAGAGUACUCACUAUAGCGGUAUCCACAGUUUUGUUAGAAACUGGGUUUGAAGGUACUGACAAAAUGGCACUAGAAACUCUAACAGAAAUGCUUCAAUGUUUUUUGUCCGAAGUUGGAAAUUCUGCCAAGAACUACUGUGAACUAUCAGGCAGAGUGGAGCCAAUGCUGGGAGAUGUGAUAAUGGCCUUAGUCAAUAUGGGUAUCAGCUUACAAGGCUUAGAACAGUAUGCAGCUCGUCCAAACAGACAUGUGAUCCAGCCACCACAACAGGCCCCAGCUCCUCGGACACCUGCAAUGUUAUCAGCAGGUUCCAAGGCCAAGCCUGCUCCUCACAUACCAUUCCACCUGCCACCAUUACCUGAUCCACAUGCUUACAUUAGAACACCUACUCAUAAACAGCCUGUAACAGAAUAUGAAGCCAUAAGAGAGAAAGCUGCCUCACAGAAGAGGGAUAUUGAGAGGGCAUUAACAAAGUUUCUGGCAAAGACUAGUGAAACACACAAUUUAUUUAACACAGAGGAUAAUCAGGUGUUCCCAUUAAUAGCCUGCAAGCCAACAUUCCCGGCAUAUUUACCAUGUUUGUUACCAACAGACCAAGUAUUUGACUUCGAUGAAUUAGAAUAUCACUUUCAAGUUGCUAAUAGAACUGAAGAUAUGCCAGCUGAUAAAAAAGAGCAAUCAGACAAUGAAGGUGAUAACAUGGUUGAUGGAGACAACCCAAAUAGUUCACAGAUGGACAACCCAGAUGCAAGUAUGGCAUCAAGCCCAGACCGGGGCAAAUCUGGAGGAUAAAUUAUUUGAAAAAAAAUUAAGUUUAAGCAAAUAUUAGUAUUUAAAUAAAAUACAAUUUAAG